AGUUACGAGAUGGGACCUCGCGUGUCGGCGCUCGCGUUGCUGGUGCUGCUGCUGGUGGCGGCUGGUGGCGCUCACCACAGGUCGAGCCACGCCACGAGGCACGGCGGUCGAGUCAGAGCGGCCCACAGGGCCGGCAAGGCGUCCCCAGUGGCGAGGAGCAAGGGCGCUUCCGAGGAGCCGCUGCUGGUCACCAUCAAGGCCUGCAAAGAGCUCGAAUUCGACUUCGGAGACGACGGGGCGUUGGAAAAGGAAAUGAAGGCAACCGGACGCUACGACCCUAAAAUGCUCGCUGGAUACGACGUAACAAUGGACAAUCACCAGCGUAACCGCAUAUUCGUGACGACGCCUCUUGCCCGCCGCGGCAUCCCAGUGACGCUGAGCACCAUCCCCUAUGACGGAGAGCAGAGUCCGCGCCUGAAGCCCUACCCCAACCUGGAAAUCCACCACACCACCGAAGACUCCAUCACCGACUGCAACACCCAGCUGGUGGACGUCAUCAGAACGACGAAAACAUCGGCGGAUGAUGAUACUCUAUACGCCCUCGACAGCGGUGCUUUGGACCUGUGUACGAUUUCCAAAGACGUGUGUCCACCAAAAAUUGUCAUCUUCGACCUGCGAACAGAUGAGAUCAUCAAGUCCGUACAAAUCCAGAACGCAUACUGCGAUUCAUGGUACACCUAUUUGUGGGUGGACGCGUGUCCAGAUGGUAGCUUGACGGCCUACAGCUCCGACCCCAGAGGCAACGUACUGUCGGUGACGGACCUCAACACUGGAGUCUCCAAAUUCCUGCAGAGCCAGUACUUCCACCCCAAGCCGGGCUUCUUCUUCAGCAAAGCGGGUGGGCCUGCCUACUACUUGCCGGCCGGCCUCAUUGGAGUGACGGCCGACGACAGCUGCGAUGGGAAACUCUACUUCCAGGCGUUCGCCAGCAACAUCCAGGGCGUUGUCGACAAGCAGGUCAUCCGAGAUGCACGCGACUGGGACGUUUUGGACAUCAAGACGCAGGUUGAUCUGCCAGGAGAAUUAUCUGGGCAGAGUGGAGUAAUGGUGGUGGACCCAAAGGGACAGCGGCUAUUCUUCCCUGUGCUCGAUGAAUUGGCCAUCUACUGUUGGAACACGAGCAAGCCUCACGAUCCAAGGAACUUCCGCAUGAUAGUUCAAGACGAAGAACGUCUACAGUUUGUCAGCAGCAUCAACAUAGAUCCCAAAACACAACGAUUGUAUAUAAUGAGCGAUCGAAUGACAUCAUAUCUGUCAAAUACGACCAACUACUCUGAGGACAACUACCGGAUUUUGUAUAUUGACAUAAAGAAUAUAGAAUGUUAGUUUUGUGUACCAACUGAUUUUGUUUUGUGAAUUUGUGAAGGAAGUUACUGCAUCAGCAAGAUUUAACUAAUGUAAUUACCACUGUAUGAAAUAUUGCUAAGAAUUAAAUACAGAAACUGCAAAAAUUUA